AAAAGACAGCCGGCCAGCCUGGAAAAAUGUUUUAAAAAUCCAAAACGUUACAAAAACUAUACGGCAUUUCCAAAAGCUAAAGCAUUUCAUUGAAUUUUGUAAUAAUUUUAUUAUUAUUUGCUCCGUGAAAAAAAAAAAUUAUUUAUUUAUACAAAAAAAAAAUCAAUUUAAUUUAUAACAAAAAAUGUCAGAUGACAAUUUAGAAAGCCUUGAUAAUGCGUCACUACGCAAAAAAUGCCUCGAAUAUGGCCUCCCAAAUGUUCCAAUCACAGAUACAAGUCGUAAAUUACUUAUACGCAAAUUACGCACCGCCAUGACUGGCGAAACCGAUGACAAAAAGAAAUCAAAUCGCCGAGAAACAAUUCAUGUCACUAAAAUUCCAUCCUUAGUCGAAUCAAAUGCAAAUUCAAACACAAACACCGACGAGGCACCCAAACGACCUCCCAGUCGCAUGAAUCGACGAACAAUUGCUGCAACAAGUGUCACUUCCACUGUCGAUGACACUACUUUACCAGAAUCUGAUAAAACAAAGCCCAUUACAGAAAGACGACGCUCUGUUCGGUCGCAGGUUGAAUCUGAGCUGAAUCCACCAGCUCCAGUCAUUCCAAUUUCACAGAAACGCAAAACUGCUGUGAUUCUUGCCGAAGAAGAUGAAGACGAUGAGGAUGAUGUGAUUUUGUUGGAAGCUGCCGAACAGAGUGAAAAGGAAAUUGUAAUUCCUCGAGCUCGUCGAUCGGUUUCAUUGUCCAAAACAGGAGUAGUCACUACUUCGUAUAGCCAAGAAACUGUCGCUACUCCGCCGACAGUCAAUGAAACUGAAUCCGAGUCUGAAUAUGAUUUCACUUCAAAAUAUGCUAGUUUGUAUGAGCCAAUUGCUCGUCCGCUGGCUCAAUCCCAGCCAAUUACACGGGAAACGUCCUACGGUCUUUCGGAACCGAAAGUUGUCAUGGAACCGGAUCGUACUUUGUCCUUCCGGACGACUUCGGUUAAUCGAACUUCAAUUGAACCUGAAAUUCUAUAUAAUAAACCAUUAAUUCCGGGGCCAUCUGUGGCACCUGGAGGCACUUCUCGUUAUAGUUCUUUAGGAUCUGGUUAUUCUUCGUCAAAUACUGCUUCGUCAGUGACGACAUCGUCAACACGUCGUUAUACUAGCGCUGGUGGUGGUAGUGGUGGUUAUGGAAUACCAACAACACCAGCUCCAAAAUACUCUAGCAUGUUUGAUGAUCAAGAAGAAAAUGAUGAAAAUCAACCAGAAACUCCUUAUCUAAGUGAUUUUGCUAGAAAAUUGGAACGUCUUAAAGCGGAGCCAUUGGUUAAAGGAGUUGAAACUCCUCGAAAUGUUCCAAUGAAACGAGAUACUCAACGUUUUCAACAUUCAUCGUCGAUUGUUGGUCGAAGAAGUACAAUGCAAACAGAUUCGUCAGUUGCAGAUUCUUUUAAGAAUUUUCUAUUUGCAUUGGAUAGGAAGUAUAAACUUAAGAGAAAUUUGUCAAUUUUGUUUGUUGUCAUUUUGAUUUUAUUCAUUUAUAUUGUUUUUAUUAAUUGAAAAGAGACUUUCCUUCCUUAA